AUGUGGACCCUGCCUUGUCUUGGGACCUUUGCUGUGGUCCAUGAGCAAAUCAAUGGCACAGAAGAGGUGUAUGUGGUUCGAAGACCUGUGUUCCAGCUGGACAUGGACAUGUCUUGUCUACAGGAGCUGGUGUUCCCAACAGUGAUGAUGCCUGGUGACAUUGAGAUCAUGCCACUGGAUUACUGGUGGUUAUCCCAGACCAAUUCCCUCCCACCCGACGUGGUGAGGGGCUGUGUGGAAGAGACCAUUCUUUUGUACUCCUUCCAGCUGAGGGACAGGCAGCACCCUGCCUUCGCCUUUGAGAAUAUUGGCAUCCUGUCCUGCCAGGACAAUGUCCUGUGCAUGCAGUUUCACUGCAGCUGCAUUGCAGGACUGGAGAGUCACGACACCUGGGUGGCUCUGCUGCUCACGAGGCGGAGUGUGGCAGGUUCUGGUGUCAACAAUGGAGUGACCACUACUCAGGGAGUGCAGGUUGCACAGGCCCACAUGUUCCCCAGGUUUCGGCUCGCUGUGUCUGAGGCUUUUUCCACCCAACCUACAAAGGCUGCAGAGAAACACCGGGUCAGAAUAGGUAUGGAAUGGGUUCCUGCUGCUCUGACACACAUGGGGUAAUCACAUCCUGUUACCACACAACCUCACAGGCUGCUCCCAAGAGCUUUCUCC